UUUACACCAUUUCAAACUAAUUUGUCAAAUUACAUGUUGGGAAAAUGACGGUCUUUACCAAGAAUACGGUAAUUGCUAAGUGCUUGGUAGUGUUGUUGAAUAUAAACUUCAUUGUUUCUAAAGAACUUCCCCUAAACGUACAGGAAGUUUGUGAAAUAAGCAACGAACGGUUCCCAGAUCAUAACCACAAUGUGAGUGACAUCCUCCAUACUUACGAAAAAUGUUUCAGAACUCUGGAUGCGUAUUCUGGACCAACAAAAGAAUAUUUGUUGAAACAACUCAGCGAUAAGCUAGAAUGUUUCAAAGAGGACCUUAAACAGUUGUAUUACGCAGGUAGUAUAAGAUACGGUGAUAUGGAACAGGUCCAGAAUCUAGAGAGUGAAAUAAAAAAAGGUGCUCAUCUCGGUUUUGAAAAUGUUCAUACGAAAAAAAGGAAGUGUGAUGUCGGCCGGCCAGCGAGGUCUACAGUGAAGCACAUAAUUCCGUUGGUAUUGACAGGGACAUUAGAGGAGAAAAGGAGGGCUUGUGAUGCGAUUUUGAAACUAGAUAAAAAUGGUAGCUUUUCACAAAUGGAUAUUUGUACUCCAAAACUGGAUGACAACAAAGAUCCACAAGAAUUGACAGUUCCACUUAAAAGUCCAACGACUUACAAGAUCGACAGCCCAGAGGCAGAAAACGUUUUACCUCAAUACUACAAAGUGAUGAUGAAGUGCCUUACACUGACAACGGGACAUAAAAUACAAGUUUUUAAGUUUAAUAAGGAGUUUUAUGAUUGGUUGACACAAGCGGUUUUACCCCAUUUGAAGGAUGAUAAGUGUUAUCCGGCAUUCGGAGGGGUUUUGAGAAUUGUCGAGACCAUGAGGCAAAAGGAUUUUGUACCAAAGAAUUCGACAGCAAACUUCAUUUUCUACAGACAAAGAGAUCUCGACAAACAUAUCCAAGAAACAAAAAAGAAUCAGACCGACACGGGGAGAAUUUUCCGGUUUCCCUACUUUCCACUUAUUGUCGUAACCUGGGUUAUUUUUAUUCUGAUCCUUUGUAUUUUUCUAAUGUGGAGAUCAGGGCGGUGCUUUUGUGGGUGCUGUGGAUGUGGGAAAGAGUAUGACUCUGACAGCAGUUCUACAGAGGUGUUUUAUUAUCCAAUUGAAGAAACUCCCUCUAUAUCUCUUGACCUGGAUGGAGUAAGUUCUAAUCAUACAAGUCUAGAAACAGAGCCAAGUUCGAAAGCUACCAGUGGAGGAGAUCAUCCUUAUAGACCAGGAUACGAGACUCAAGUUUAUACAAUGACUUACGAGCAGCAACAAAUGUUGACUGGUGUGCCACUGAAAAGACAAUGUUCAAGUGAAAACUCUCUUUGUAGUAGUCGUGAACUAAAAUCUCCUGGAAAACGCCACAAGAUUUGGUCUGGGAUUUAUAAAUAAA